GUGCCGGAUCCCACCGGUACAUAAAAUUGUUUUCUUUCUCUCUCUUUUUGAACACAGUCUCCAUUGUCGGCAUGUGCCCAACGGCCAAGCUAGCAAGUGGAUGCCAAUCCCUUCUUCAGUUUGAUAUUAUUGCACCCCAGAGUAGUCUUUUAUCAGCAGUAUAGAGGGUCAUGGACGACAGUGAAGUUACUCGUCAAGCAAUUGGCAUUGCGAUAUCUAGUUGGUCUCAGUUGGAUCAACACGUGACAACCUUGUCCAAAAAAUCGAUAUCUGAUGUGCAGAUUCUGCAAGCGUACAUCCAACUCUGUCCCUUUGUGGGGUCGGACAGUCCUGCCUAUCAAUCUGCCCUUUUGGCACUAGGGCGUCUGGCAUCAGAGAACAAGAACAAGGAGGGUCCAUGUGUCAUCAGCCAGAUGCGACCACUGCCCAAUGAGAGAACCACUCGAGCAGCCAUGCGGAUUGCCAUUUCGGCGUGGUCACAGCUUCUUGUACAAUGCGAAACUCUGGACGAUCGAGCAGUGAUGCAAAAAUACAUUCAACAAUGUCCCUAUAUUGAGGACACCCACAAUUCCACAGCCGCUUUGGCUGUGUUGCAUGCCUUGGGCGUGGGAGACGCUGCUAAUAAUACCACAUCAUCUACAAACGCUCCACCUCUAUUGGGCAAAAUGGAAUCCGAUAGUGACGACAGCGAUGCCGAAGAUCACUCCAAAAAAGCAAAAAGAAAAGGCAAAAAUCAACAGAACCAAAAAUCCAUUCUUCGACCAAUCCUGUUGAUGGCUCGGUCCCUCUUUUUGGAUCUGCCCAUGCUGUUGCUGUUUGCAACCUAUCUGGCACUUUUGUGGGUUCAUCGAGUCGAUCAGCUCUAUCUCAAACCUACCAUCGACGCUGCUGUGUGGACCGAUCGCCGGGCUGAAAAUGAAAUCACCUACUAUAACCGAGAAUGCGAUGGCCGAGACUUGACCACCAACGAUGCCGAUGACCUUAUCAUACCCCACAAUGCCACGGCAAAACAAGCCUACGAACAUCAAUUAUUGCAUGGAUUCUCCAUGUUUCAAGGAGUCCUGACCGCUUCCGUCAUGCAAGAUCUACGCAACUACGUGAUUUCUCGCAAUCGCAAAUUAUCCGCUCCAGAAUCCAUCUUUGUCAUUGAAAACGACAAUCGAUAUUCCUUUGGAUUGGGCACCGAAGUGUCAUGUGUCGCCAGAGCCGUAGAGCAAUUAGCGACGCACGAUAAACUGAAACCGGCACUCGAAAAGAUACUGGGACCCAACCCGGCAUUGAUUGAAAUGACUGCCAUUACGUCGUCUUUUGGCGCUGUCAAUCAGUAUUGGCAUGAUGACGUUGUGGCGCAAGCUUCGGUUAUGAAGUAUGGACGAACCUUUGGACCAUCCUACAGUAUAUUUGUACAGUUGCAAAACACCACAAAAGCCAUGGGGGCUACCGACACUUGUCCCGGAACACACAAAUGUGCCACGGGGGAGAUCGAAAAAGUUUGCGAACGAGAGGGGUUCCCAGCUGUCGACAGCUCCUCGGGCUACUGGAAAGCGGGGGAUGCACUGCUCAUGAAUAUGAACUCGUAUCAUCGGGGAACAGCACACACAGAUCCCAAUGCUCCCGAUCGCGUCAUGCUCAUUCUGACCUUUGUGCCGCAGCCCCAGUCGAGAGCCGAAUCUCGACAAAUGUCGCAGGGGAUUACGUUCUCCUUGCGGUGGGAUAUGUGGGGUCACACGCUCUGGGAUCUGGCCAAGGCGAGAACGCGCAUGACGCAACCAUGGGCCACGCUGCGAGCUCUGGGGCUAUACAAACCCAAGGACGCUGCGUGGGGAGUCGAUUAUGUCUCGAGUGCCAUUAUGAGAAUGGCCAAUGAAGACAAUGGAUUUCGAAGAGAUGAGCUAGAAACAUUUUUGGAACUGGGAGGUUUUCACUGGCUUCCAACCUUUCUGCACGGGCAAGUCAAGGAGAAGGAAAGCUGGCAUGAAUUCCUGAAGGAUACGCUGGAGCGAUGUUUGGAACUUGUCGCGUACAUCAAUGCCUUUGUAGUUGGACUCUACAUCGUGUCCGUCCUGGUAAUUUACAGCGUCUCGCCACAGCAAUUUGGGGUCCGUGGAGUGGGUUCGUCGCUGUUUCGCUCUGCCAUACUGUAUGGGCUUGCCUAUUGGAUUUGGCAUGCCGCCAACAAUCAUGUCGACAACACGGGUUGGGCCAAAGAUAUUAGGGCAGGAAGACGUUACAAGUCCGCAUUCGACAUUGAAAAAGCCCUACCGGUACAGCCUAGCCUGAGUCACUUUCCAUCAACACUGCCACACAGAAAGGAUGUCUUGAUUGAGACGCGGUAUGCCUCGAGACAGUUCCACAUGUACAACGACUUUGUCAACAAUCACCCUGGGAAUCGCUUCUUCCAAUCCCUUGUGGAAACUUACGCCUAUGCAUCCUCUCUCGUCCAAUCGAAUUUCUUCCAGAGAGGAAUAGCAAAGUACAUUGUGAGUGCGGUCAGUGACACACAAGGUCGCUUCCUUCUUCAGAACGGUAAUCAAUGGCUUUGGCUGUCGGACGACAAGGCAAUCAGUUUUGCAAUGGCAGAACUUGUAGUGGAAUUCAACCCGAUCUUGAAGGGCAUUCGGAAAGAAAUUCGAUUCAAAGAAUCAGACUACAAAUACGGUGUCCUGCGAGGUACUGCCAUUGCACGAACGUCGUUGCAGAGGUUGAAGAGCCUGACAACGAGACUUCUUGGCGACACUCCGCUAGGCACCGCAAUCUACAUUCCUUCUCCAAAGGAAGCAAAAGAGAGGGCGUCAGUCCGAGCUCCUGCGUUCUCGGCUGUUCGCCAGAAGCAAAGUCUGGCAAAGACCACUCGACCUCUGGUGGAUCACCAACGACGAAGCCGUUUCGUUGAUAUCAGCGGUGUGCCCACGGAGCCUAGAUUCGGAGCUUGGCUCAAGUCGGGCGACAUGGUGGAAGGAACAGAGUUCUUGGAAGACAACAGUGCCCACUGGUACAGGGGCCGAAUCCAUCACGUGACAGCCGAGGGAGCUUUUUAUGUGGCGUACGACGACCAGAGCCACAGCAUAAUUGGCACUAGUGAUCUCAUCCGGCCGUACCAGCCCUACUAUGUGGGCGAAGAAGUGGAGUUGUUCAUGGGGGAUGACGACCUCGUCGAGAUUGGGACGAUAGUCAAGGACAACCAUGAUGACACAUUUGACAUGUUUUUGGACACGGCAGGAGAAAUGAAACUUGGAGUUCCCACUGGUGAUAUGCGUCGACCUCGAUUGGACAAAAUCGACAGUGGAAAAACAGAAACCAGCAACAAGUACGCCCCGUAG